AUGGCAUUAGAAAAUCAAGGGCUACUAAAGUUGGGUCAGAUUCAGGGCCAUCGUCAAGAGGAUUGUGUUUCUGGGUGCAACCCCCUCACUGCUCCGCUUGUGAGAUCAGACUACUUGCCCAAAAUAGAUCCACUCGAUAGUCGUAGCACUAACCCUGAUCCCAUGUGUGUUCUGGAUAUUGACGGCAGCAAUGAAAUCAACACAACAGGCAAUAUCCAUCACACUGAUUCCACGGAUUGUCAUCAGACAAAGAAUAACUGUAGUCGCAUAUCUCAAUGCAUGCCCACUUUUACUUUCCCGCAGCGAGUUGGAAAUCGCCCCGCAGGUCAUCCACUUGCGGGAAAAAGCGACUCACAGAAGCACAACAUUCCUGAUACGCACGGUGAGUCCCCGUUGUUCUCGAUUCCACCAACACCCACCAAACAGCGUCGCACCGUGCAUCCGAGGAAAGGUGAAGCUCGGCUGGCGUCUACUUUGACAAGGGUACCCUGGACACGCCCUUCAAAUCAGGCAAGAUGGAACAGUUGUGCAAGCAGUGUAGACAAGGAAUGUGGGCAGCAACAACUAUUCGUGGGGCUGAAUACAGCUGGAUGCGAUAGUGCCAACAAGUACUUACGCAAUGAAAUCAGCCGUAAGCGUUCUGCUGGGGUGCUUUCCCAGUUUAGUGCACUGGAAAUAGAUGAAACAGCGGUAGGGUCGCCUUAUGCGACGCAGCAGUUACCUUUAGCUCCCUCAGCGAAUCGGCAUCUUAAUUUCACUCACCUUUCACAGCCUUCACAAGGGCUUGCGAUGCCAGGGCCUGCGUCCCCAGCAGGUUAUGCUACCCCGACGGUUCUUUCGCAGCGCGUUGAUGCGUUCCAUGCGGGUGGCAGCUUUAGUCAGAUGCUCGUGCGUCCCUCGGCUGAGGCUUGGGAAAGCAACUCGCAGGUGGAUGCCGAGUGUUCGAAUGUGCUGGCUCGGGGUAUUCUAACUGACUAUUGCGAGCUGCAGGAGUUGGGCCACGGUUCCUUCGGCAGGGUCGCUCUCUACGAGGAGGUCAGCACAGGUAAACUCGUUGCCAUCAAGGUGUUCCUACCUUUAAACGGAAGAAGCGAUCAGGAGCAGCGCUAUCGCCGAGAGAGGAUGAUAAUGGAACAGGUGCGUGGCAUGCCUCACAUUGUUCAGCUUGGCGCCGCCUGGGAAGAGGGACGCAUACCCCAGAUGUACCUUCAGCUUGAAUACUGCCCUGGUGGCUCCGUCGCCGCUAUCGCGGAAAAGAAACGCGCUCGGCACGAGGCCUGGGAGGAGAGCGAGGUCCUAGUGUUCUUGCUGCACAUGGCGAUUGCUCUCGACGCGCUACAUCGUGCCAACAUUGCGCAUGUUGACUUCAAGCCGGAUAACGUGCUUGUUGACGUCUAUGGAGGGUACAAGCUUUCUGAUUUUGGUUGCAGCGUUCUCUUGGAUACUGCAGGACGCCCUCGGCGUGUUAGCGAGAUUCCUCCUGUGGCUGCUGGAACGAACAACAACGGUACCGGGUCAACUGCACGAUGCGUAUUUAAGGAUAGCUUCUGCAACAACAACGUUACCAGCCCCGGCCGAACCAAUGCCGAUCUCGCAUUGAUGGAGAACACUCAACUAAGUGUGGCAAGCGUUGACGAGGGGGACUGUCGCUACCUUUGCUCAGACAUGCUCAACCAGAAGCGCUUUUUCAAAGCAGGCGACAUGUUUUCUUUAGGAAUGUCGCUGUACGAGCUGAUGUCUGGGCAGCCCUUGCCACGCAACGGUGAGGCUUUCAUGGCACUGCGGCGCAAUGUCCCUGUCCAAAUGCUUCUGCAGCGCGGCUACUCGGAGCGGUUGUUGCAUUUGGUUGUAGCGCUUCUGCAGGAAGAGCCUACGGCUAGACCAACCGCACGUCAGGUCCUCAACGCUGUGCGCCCCCCACUCGACGCAUUACAGGCUGUAGCAGACGAAAGCAUUAUGGCACGCUGGACGAGUACUGGUGAAUCGUUGAAGAGCUGCAUCGAUGACACAUCCGGAGGGGAUGGGGCCACCUCCGCGCCACAGCUUACGCUACAGCGACUACGAUACUUGAGCGCAACAAUAGAAGCGACUAGCUGGAUGCUGAAUACGGCACACCAGGACUACAUGUCCACAUGCGGAUUGGUACCGCCUGCAUGUGUUACUAGCCGUGGCGGCGGCCGGGCAAGCGGGAAUCCCUGCAACGGGGUCUCUAUGCAUAGCAGCAAAGUCCUCCUAGACAUUCACUCCUUGCGAGAGGAUGCAUGCACGCCAACAAAUAUACCCGGUGGCUUCAAUUGGCAUAUAUAA